CCCAAUUGCUAUCCCUUUCUCGCACCCGCUUCGUUUUCUCUCCACGGCAUCGUUCCUUCUUCCAUAAAACGGCUUCUCGUUUUAAAUCCCCGUGGAACGGCGAGGUUUCCACCCUCUGUUAGUAUAAACUCAGGCUCAGCAGUCCGCCAGCACAAGCAACUGGUUCCUCGUAGCAAUAUCCAACAAUUUCAAUCUCUUCUCCAAUUCAAAGGGUUGAUUGGAUUGUAUUGGAUGUUUUUGUUUCAAAAUGUCUUCAUGUAUCAAUGGGCAAACGAGUGAUCAACAAAAUGGCUCCAUGGAUAUCGACGAGAGUGGUUCAAAGCCUCAGGAAGCGGAUGAAAAUGAGAAUGAGGAUGAAGACGAGGAGGAAGACGUAGAUUUCAACCCCUUUUUGAAGGGAACACCUUCGCCAGAAGCUUCUUCGAGUUUGAGCUCUGAAGUCGAAGGUUUGGAGGGUAAUUCUUCUAAACCAACUAUUGGUGAAGUGCGAAAUUAUGCUGUUGGAGAUUCUGAGCAUGGAGAGGAGGUUGUGAUGCAAAGUGCGUUUUCUCCUGAGAGUGAAAAACAACUCCAAAGACCCCUUAAUAGAAAAUCUAAGAAGAGGAAAUGUGAUUCCAUCUCUCAACCGGAAAAUGAAAGUGUUCGAGAGAAGGAGAAUACCUUAAGUAUACCUGCAAUGAGUUUGGAUGGCGAGGAUGCUAUUUGGAAGCGCACUAGGGCUCGCUAUUCCCUUGCAAGUUUUACGCUCGAUGAACUUGAGACUUUCCUUCAAGAAACUGAUGAUGAGGAUGACCUUCAGAAUGUUGAUGAUGAAGAAGAAUACAGGAAAUUUCUUGCAGCUGUUUUACAGGGUGGAGAUGGUGAUGGUCAAGCGACUCAAGAUAAUGGAAAUGUUGAUGAUGAAGAUGAGGAUAAUGAUGCAGAUUUUGAGAUAGAACUUGAAGAGUUGCUUGAGAGUGAUGUUGAUGACAGUAAAAGGUAUAAGGAUAGAAAAGUGGAGCAUGAGAGAGGUGGUCGACGUCCAGAGACCAGGCAGAAUAGACGCCAAAAGGCCUCUGCUCUGUACAAAAAGAAGCUUUUAGAACAGACAAAGAGGCCUUUGCGCCCCCUGUUGCCAAUUUUGCCAAAUGGAGCAAUUUCUUCGUUCUCUACUGCUGAUGGGAAGAGUUUGAUGCCUGAGGCUGCCCCAAGCUAUCUGUCUUCUCCAGCGGAAGAUGGCUUCAUAAAUGGAUUCACCCCACAGCAAAUAGGCCAGUUGCAUUGUUUGAUACAUGAACAUGUGCAGCUUCUUAUUCAAGUGUUUUCCCUUAGCAUUCUUGAUCCUUCCCGGCAACAGAUUGCCUCCCAGGUUCAGGGAUUAAUUUUUGAGAUGCUUCAUAAACGUGAUGAAGUAAUAGCCUGCGGAAGUGUGCCAUAUCCUUGUAUUUGCUUUCGCCCUCCCUAUAUGUGCCCGUCAGUGACAGAUGAACCCUCCAACGAUAACCCAGCGCAAUGCACUGAAUCCUCUUCUACUCCAAACGAACAGAUGUUAGUUUCUCAAAACAUUUCCAUGGCCAAGGGAAGAAAUAAUCCUGUUUUCAAUGGUCAGAAUAGUUCCCCACAAACUGCUGGCUUGUUCUGGGCACCAUUCAUGGGUGAUCCAAUAAUAUCCAUUCUAGAUGUAGCUCCGCUUAAUUUGGUUGGAAGGUAUAUGGAUGAUGUUUUUAAUGCUGUCCAGGAAUAUCGGCAGCGUCAUUUGGAUUCUAGUUGUGAUACAUGGAAUGAGAGGGAACCACUCUUUCAGCUUCCUGGUUCUCCAUUCUUAACUGACGCAAAUGGUGAAGUUUCAAAAGCAAAGGUGCUUACUGCUGCUAGUACAGUGCCAUCUACACCUCGUCUACAACCACCUAAGAAGACAUUGGCUGCUUCCAUUGUUGAGAAUGCCAAAAAGCAAUCAGUUGCUUUAGUCCCAAAAGAUAUUAGCAAGUUAGCACAGAGGUUUUUUCCUCUGUUCAAUCCAGCACUAUUUCCGCAUAAGCCACCUCCUGCAGCUGUUGCAAAUCGAGUCCUUUUUACCGAUUCAGAGGAUGAAUUGUUAGCUUUGGGAAUGAUGGAAUAUAAUACAGAUUGGAAGGCAAUUCAACAGCGUUUUCUUCCUUGCAAAUCUAAGCACCAGAUUUUUGUUAGGCAGAAAAAUCGUUGCUCAUCAAAAGCACCAGAAAAUCCAAUAAAGGCAGUUCGGAGGAUGAAAACUUCUCCAUUGACUGCAGAGGAGAUAGAAUGCAUUCAUGAGGGACUCAGGGUUUUUAAACAUGAUUGGAUGUCAGUUUGGAGAUUCAUUGUCCCACAUAGGGAUCCAUCCUUACUAGCCCGACAGUGGCGGAUUGCCCUUGGAACUCAGAGAUCAUAUAAAUUAGAUGCUGCAAAAAAGGAAAAACGACGGAUAUAUGAAUCAAAUAGAAGAAAGUGCAAAACUGCAGAUUUGGCAAACUGGCAACGGAUAUCUGACAAAGAGGACAAUCAUGUUGACAGCACAGGUGGAGAAAAUAAUAGUGGAGAUGAUUAUGUAGAUCAUGCAAGUGACGCUUAUGUUCAUCAGGCAUUUUUAGCAGAUUGGAGACCAGAUGCAUCAUGCCAUUCCUGCUUAAACCUUAGGGACAAAAACCUUCCUAGUGGUGCAUUGCUAAGAGAGGGUAGUCACAUUAGGGAGCAAUCCCAGAUUGAUAAUAUGCAUGGCUUUCCAUAUGCUCGUUAUUAUCAAUAUCCUCAUAAUAUGUCACACUUUACUCAUGUUAGACAUUGUCCUCCUAAUUCUGUGCAACUGAACCACCAAGUUUCUGACACAGCACCAAAUGCUGCUAAGUCUCAAAUUUAUUUGUGGCCAUAUCGGACUCGUAUAACUGAUGGUGCACACUUAGUGAAAUUGGCUCCAGACUUGCCCCCUGUAAAUCUUCCACCAACUGUUCGUGUAAUUUCUCAAGCAGCUUUCAAAAGCAACCAGUGCGGAGUGCCUAUAAAGGUAUCUGCCUCAGGAGGUAGUAAUAGUGAUGCUGGAAAAGAAAAUAUAGUUCCUCAGCUUCCACAUGUUGCAAAUUUGAGAACCACCAGUUUGGCAAAAGCUAAAAGGGAUAAAAGCAAUCAAGUGACAGAUGAUGUCACAAAUUCAUGCCCAGAAGAGCUAACAAGUUCACAUCGUGAAGAAUCUUCAGUUCUCCAUGAUACAUGUGGUGCUGAAGAGAGGGGUGCUGAUUCAGAUCUUCAGAUGCAUCCGUUACUGUUCCAAGCUCCUGAAGAUGGACGUCUAUCAUAUUUUCCACCGAGUUGUAGAACUGGUACUUCUAGUUCUUUUACAUUCUUUUCAGCAAAUCAGCCUCAGUUGAAUCUGAGUCUCGUUCAUGGUCCACACCAAGCAAAUCACAUUGCUGGUUGUUUCAAUAAAUCUUCAAAGACAAAGGAAUCUGCUUCAGCAUCAUGUGGGAUUGACUUCCAUCCUCUUUUGCAAAGAACUGAUGAUGAAAAUAGUGACGUUGCCACAGCAUGCUCCAAUACUCACCAAUUUGUUUGCUUGGGAGGCAAAUCUGCUCAAUUUCAAAAUACUUUAGAUGCUGUUCAGACUACAUCACUGGUCAAUAGUAGUCCAUCUGCUACUGGCUCAAAAGCCUCUGUUCCGAAUGAGAAAGCUAAUGAACUGGACUUGGAAAUCCAUCUAAGUUCUACGACCAGAAAAGAGAAAACUAAGGAAAGUAGAGAUUUUGGUGCAAAUAAUGAACCAAAGUCAACAAUAAGUGCACCAAAUGCUGGAAAUACAAUUGAAAAGCACAAAACUAACAAUUCAUGUCACCAACAAAACGGUGCUAGUGCUGAUGCGUCAAUUGUCCCAAGCAAUAAUGACAGCGGCUGCAACAUGGAUGACCUAGGGGACCAGUCUCACCCAGAGAUUGUGAUGGAACAGGAAGAGUUGAGUGACUCUGAUGAAGAAAUUGAAGAACAUGUAGAGUUCGAACGUGAGGAGAUGGCUGAUUCUGACGGGGAGGAGGGUUUGGGCUGUGAACUAGUUGCAGAGGUGCACUAUAAGGACCUUCCAAGUUUGGCAACAGAAAAAAUUGCAACUGAUGCAGAUUGUGGUGAUAAACAAUGUGAAUGGAGUAGUCCUGUUCAUCCUCAGAGCAAUACUUCUAUCCCUGGGAAAGGCAGUCCUUUCUUAGAGUUGGGUCUGACAAGCCUGGGGAAGGAUGCUGCUAGCAGCUCUUGGUUAACUCUAGAAUCAUGUGCGACUGUUGAUCCUCCAAGCAGAAAGGAUAAGCAUGAAGAGUGUGCAAUGAGUGUUUGUCCUAUUGCCAAAAACUUAGCUUCAUGUCGUCCCAAUAGAUCUUGCAGGAAGACAACACCAAGCAUGAAAACAGUUGCAACAGAGAAGGAAGUUACGGACAUGGCACAACAACUCAGCCUUGGUCCUCUCGCUGUUUCCUCAUUGAAGAAACCCAGGAAACGAUCUUGUCGAACAAAUACAAGUUUGAGCACAGGAAUGACAACUGAAAAUCCCAGAUACGAUCAAGAGAAGCUGGGUUGACUUUGCUUUGUCACUAACUCUUUUACCAUGAAGCUUUUCUGAUUUGUAUGCCCACUGGAGAUAUGCUAUGAAUAGGAGGGGGUAGCUUUUUGUGUUAAUUAUUUGUGAAUUAAAAUUAGUAAAUUUUAUCAUUUAUUCUAGGGUUAUGUACAUGUGAUAUUUUGCUUGUAGAUAGAUUCUGUUAACACUCCCAAUUUGCGUAAAACGGGUUGUUGUGGAGGAUUUUAAAUUGAAACAUAAUGUAGUCUAAAGAGAUCAAUGAAAAAGGGAUUACCAAUA